CGUUACUCAUCACUUGGCUUGCACAGACAAACCUACCAGAAGAAUCCUUUACUCUUCUUCUUCAAAUCUCUCUAUCUUCCUCUAGUAAUUAUGGUGACGAACUCCACAAUCAAAUUUCUCUGUAGCUAUGGCGGGAAGAUUUUACCUCGUUAUCCCGACGGUAAACUCCGUUAUAACGGCGGCCACACCCGCGUCCUCGCCGUCCCCCGCUCCAUCUCAUUUUCCGAGCUAGCGUCGAAGAUGGCUGAGAUGUGCGGAUCCGCCGUCACUAUACGGUGUCAGCUCCCGACGGAAGAUCUCGACGCGCUCGUGUCCAUCACGUGCGACGAAGAUCUAGCGAAUCUAAUCGAAGAGUACGACCUCGUUUCCUCCUCAGUGAAGAUCAGAGUCUUCCUUAACCCGCCGAGAUCUGCGAAAUCGACGGCAUCGCCUCCUCCGUUAGCUUUACCGUCGUCCACCACGUCAUCAUCUUCCUCCACUUCAUCGAGUCCUAGAUCUCCGUCGCUUUCAAAACCACCGCUACCUCCGUCGCCGCCGAGGUUAACGACGGUUAAGAAUCAGUGCUACGGUUGCUACGUCCACCACCGUAGUUCGAGAAAUAUGUACCUCGUCCACAACGGCAAUCACUGGCAAUAACCCCAAGCCACAAUCAUCAGAUGAAUAAAAAAACAAAAAUAAAUAUGAAAAAUCGCAUAUAUACUUAAAGAAAAAUCUUCGUUUUAUAAGUGUAAAAGAAAGAGAGAUAAAAAGAAGGUGUACGUGAUCUCUCUCUCUCUCUGUGACGAUGAUCGUCGCCAUUAAUGAAAUCAUCCUAAAAGCUUUUUUGUCUUGGUGACUUGGGUGAGUUCGUGUAAUUCAUUCUUCCUUUUCUCAAUUGCUUCCGGUUAACGUUAACCGUUCCGACAUAUGUCAUCCCCUGCCUUAUCUACUUUUCUGUUGCGUUAUUCUGAUUUUGUCGCACCGUCACCGUUUGGCGGAUGUCAUUACACCUGUUGUCCGUUUCCGUGAAUUACUUUUUUUUCUUUUAACAAACACUUUUUCUUAAGGUAUUUCUUUUUAUGGUUUACUUUUAAUUAAUAUAUAUUUUUUUUUAAACAUUUUUUUUUCUCGGUUUUUCCCACUUGCUUAUUUUUUUGUGUGGCUUAUAGGUUUUAAUGUUUUGUUGGUAUAUUAUAAUUUCUGUUGAACUAACAUCUUUAGUCACCCUUUGUCAUCUGCAGGUAAUCUCUACAAAAAAAUUCAAGCCAGAGGCGUAACCGGUAUACUCGUUUAUGAUGAAAUUCGAAAAAAUGGGGAUAAGCCUGAGAGAAGACAAAAUCAUGUUUGGGAAUAAAAAGAGGAAGAUGUGAUAACGAAUGAUGAUAAGAUUCGAUUUUUAAUUAAAAUGGGUCCCGAAAUACAGCUGGUGCGGAGAAGGAAGUAUAAUACAUUAGUUUCCGAAAAUGAUGUUCGUUGGAUCUAGUUGAGUGGGAGAGGAGAAGACACCGAGUACGAUUUAAAUUGAGGAGGGAAUAAUGAUGACCUAAAAACAGGGACGUGAACUUGUAGAUAUUUUUAAGGCAAUGACUCUAUUAGGCAUUGUUUAGGAGCUAUUACGAGGUGGAAAUUAAUUAGGCUGUAUAACCCCAAAUUAGGCACCGUAUACAGAAUAUAGUGGAAUUAAUGAUGA